AUGAACAAGUCAAUUGUCAUCUUUUUGGCGGUUUGCCUAAUCAGUGUCCACGCUUUUGUGAAACGUGAUACAGAAAAUGCAAAUCAAUUAGACACCUUAUCAAAACAAGUCCAGGAUUUCGCUGAAAACGUAAAUAAGCAAUUGGGAAGCGCUUUUGACCCAGACAAUAUAAAGAAAAAUUUUAACGAUGCGAUUGAUAGCAUUAAGAAAGCUGUUGAUAGCAUUGGAGCUAAAGAACCAGCCAAAGAAACAUAA